AUGCCUCUUGUCUUGUCUUUGACAGACCAACCCCUCCAAAAAGUGCUAAGGAGGCCGGAGUUAUCGGGUCGGCUGGCUAAAUGGGCAGUAGAGUUGGGAGAACACUCCUUAGAAUUCAAAUCUAGAACAGCCAUGAAGGGGCAAAUACUGGCUGAUUUCUUAGCGGAGGUCCCUGAGGAUGAGGAGAAAGAGCUCUUAAAAUGGGAAGCCCUGGAGAGGGAAGAGAAAGAAAGGGAAGACGAGGCAGUAUGGAAAUUGCUCACAGACGGGGCCUCUAGCGAAGAAGGUAGUGAGGUGGGCAUAACGCUGGUCAGCCCCGAGGGAGUUGAACUGACCUACGCCAUCAGGCUAGACUUUGAGAACACCAACAACACUGCAGAAUAUGAGGCUCUUUUGGCAGGAAUGAGACUAGCCAAAAAUAUGAAGGCAAAAUAUGUGGAAGCCAGUACAGACUCGCAGUUAGUGGUCAAGCAAUACCAAGGGGAAUAUGAGGCUAAAGACAGCAUAAUGGCUCAAUACGUGGCAAAGGUGAAAGAGACAGCCGAGGCCUUUAGAAGUUUCAAUCUAGAUUAUAUCCCUCGCGGGAGAAAUAGGAAAUCCGAUGCCCUAAGCAAGCUGGAUUCCGUGGCGUUCGACCACCUAGCAAGAGAAGUCAAAGUGGAAGUCCUGACCUCCCCCUCUCUCGGAACAGAAGAGUUGAUUAUGAUUGAAAACACACAAGAGACAUGGAUGACACCCAUUAUAAGAUUCCUCAAAGAUGGAAUGCUACCCGAGGGAGACUGGGCAGCCAGGAAGGUAAGAGUCAAGGCCCUAACAUAUGAGUUGAUUGAUGGAGAACUUUACCGAAGGUCAUACCUGGGCCCAUCCCUGAAGUGCGUCGAUAAUGAAGAGGCUAAGUAUAUGAUCAGAGAAAUACAUGAAGAGAUUUGUGGAAUGCAUUCCGGGACAAGGACAGUAGUGGCGAAGGCGAUGAAUGUGGGAUUCUAUUGGCCUAGAAUGUAUGAAACAACAUCAGAGGAGAUCAAGAGAUGUGACAACUGCCAGGUCCACGCACCCAUGACGAAUCGCCAUAAACACCUGAUGAUACCUGUUUCAACAUCUUGGCCCUUCCAGAAGUGGGCCAUCGACAUAAUUAGGCCAUUCCCAAAAGGGCCGGGAGGGGUCAAGUACGUGGUGGUUGCUAUCGAUUAUUUUACCAAGUGGAUAGAGGCAAAGCCCUUGGCAAAGAUAACCAGGGAACAGACGAGACGGUUUGUGCUAGACAUCAUCAUUUGCAGAUACGGGGUACCUAAAGAACUGGGAGUGAUAACGGCGUCCAAUUUGCUGGAAAGCCCUUCAGGCCAUGGUGCGAGCAGAUGCACAUACACCAAAUGUUUACCUCCGUCACCCACGCCCAGAGCAAUGGACUAG